UGGAGGGAAGGACUGGCUCAUCUCCGCCUCCCGGGGGUGGGCUGCAAUCAGUCGGUCUGGAGGAGGGAGCCGCUGCCGGCCGGGCGUGAACCUCAAUCCAAGGAGAGGCGCAAACUUCUCGGCCCGGAGCAUCAGGGGAUCAAUGGGAAAGUGAUAGGAGCGCAGGCCGAGGCUGACCCCGCGGGAGCGCGCCUUACCCCCCUCUAACUGAGGGGGGUCCCCGGAGACCGGUACACCCACCGACACCCCCCUGUGGGUCACAACAAGAUGGGCGUUACGAAAAGCAAGCCUCGAGAAGGUGGGCAACGGAGCCGCAGUCUGGAUAUCGCCGAAGGGUCGCACACACCUUUUCCUUCUCUCUCUGCUUCUCAGACUCCAAGCAAGAGCCUCGACUCCCACCGUCCUACUAACCAACCUUUCGGGGGCAACUGUGAUCUUACGCCAUUUGGAGGGGUCAAUUUUUCAGACACUGUCACGUCACCCCAAAGGACCGGACCUUUAUCAGGGGGCGUCACCACCUUCGUAGCUCUUUAUGAUUACGAGUCUCGUACGGAAACGGACCUAUCCUUCAAAAAGGGGGACAGGCUGCAGAUCGUCAACAACACGGAAGGCGACUGGUGGCUGGCCCGCUCCCUCAGCUCCGGGCAGACUGGGUAUAUUCCCAGCAAUUAUGUGGCUCCUUCUGACUCCAUCCAGGCUGAAGAGUGGUACUUGGGCAAGAUCACGCGGAGAGAAUCGGAGCGUCUGCUGCUGAACCAAGAGAAUCCACGAGGAACAUUCCUUGUACGAGAGAGUGAGACCACCAAAGGUGCCUAUUGCCUCUCUGUCUCAGACUAUGAUCCCAACCGUGGUCUAAAUGUGAAACAUUACAAGAUCCGAAAAUUGGACAGCGGUGGCUUCUAUAUUACGUCUCGCACUCAGUUCAGCAACCUCCAGCAGCUGGUGGCUUAUUACAGCAAACAUGCAGAUGGUUUGUGUCACCGACUGACCAAUGUGUGUCCCACGUCGAAGCCCCAGACUCAGGGUCUGGCUAAGGAUGCAUGGGAAAUUCCAAGGGAUUCCUUACGUCUGGAGCUCAAACUGGGGCAGGGUUGCUUUGGAGAAGUAUGGAUGGGUACAUGGAAUGGGACCACAAGGGUAGCCAUUAAGACUCUCAAACCUGGUACUAUGUCUCCGGAAGCGUUCCUCCAGGAGGCCCAAGUUAUGAAGAAACUACGACAUGAGAAGCUGGUACAACUAUAUGCUGUAGUAUCAGAAGAGCCCAUCUACAUUGUCACCGAGUACAUGAGUAAAGGCAGCCUCUUGGACUUUCUGAAGUGUGAGAUGGGCAGCUACCUCAGGCUUCCACAGCUUGUAGACAUGUCUGCACAGAUUGCAUCUGGCAUGGCCUAUGUAGAGCGGAUGAACUAUGUGCACCGUGACCUCCGAGCUGCCAACAUCCUAGUAGGAGAAAACCUUGGGUGUAAAGUUGCUGACUUUGGGCUGGCACGGCUGAUUGAAGAUAAUGAAUACACAGCGCGGCAAGGUGCCAAAUUUCCCAUUAAAUGGACAGCCCCAGAAGCGGCAUUAUAUGGACGAUUCACCAUUAAAUCUGAUGUCUGGUCCUUUGGGAUCCUCCUGACAGAACUAACCACAAAAGGACGGGUUCCAUAUCCUGGAAUGGUGAAUCGAGAGGUACUGGAUCAAGUAGAGCGGGGGUAUCGAAUGCCAUGCCCUCCAGACUGCCCAGAGUCCCUCCAUGAUCUGAUGUUGCAGUGCUGGAGGAAAGACCCAGAGGAGCGUCCAACAUUUGAAUACUUGCAGGCCUUCUUGGAAGACUAUUUCACUGCCACUGAGCCCCAGUACCAACCAGGGGACAACCUUUAGGAGAAAUGGCGAAUGAUCACGACUACAGGAUGAGCCCGAUCUUAACAUAGCAGACAAACCUUUGCAGGUGCAAUACUACCCAGAUCCGCCAUACAUUUUGUAGUUGAGGAUCUGAUGACACUAAGCAGAAGGUACAGAACCAUAUAUCUUUUUUUUUUUAAACCUGGACAGAAGGACCACUCCGACUCUGAUGUUCCAUGUCCAUCUUGUAUCUUUUGCAUUCUGGUCAAGUAUAGAAGAUUUGGCUGCUCCUGAUACAUCGCCUACUGAUACAUGUUCAUCUGUUCCUUCCAUAGAAGACAAAGGAACUUGAGCAGAUCUUGGGGAACCCUCCCAAUGUUACUCUGCUCGCUGGGGUCUUCAGACAUUGUAAAUAAUCACUCAGGAGGGCUCAUCACUCCUGUCAUCUACUCUUUUGAAACUGCAAGACCUUUGAGCUCCGUGACUACGGUUUUUGUAUACUCAGUCGUGGGAGGGUUAUGGGGUCUUCCAGAAUAUAAAAAAUUGCUCUCGAGGACCAAAGUCCCACUUCUGUCUUCCACCCCCACUUACUUUCACCAGAUGGGGGGGACAGACUACUGUGCUACGUUUUUGAUAAUGAAGUGACUACACAACCUCCCAAAUUCACCCUGAAUGGGGUCAAGCUUGUAACCUCUCCUGACUACUUACUCCCUUACAAUUUCUAAAAACGCCAUCACGGACAUUUUUUUUAAAUUUUAACCCCGUAGGUGGGUUUCUAGUUCUUGAAUAACCCAGCAGGCCUUUUUCAUGUAACUGUUACACUUGUACAUCAGCUGUUCCUCAGUUACUGCUUUCUUUUCCCCCAUAAUUACAGUCCCUUUAGGAUGGUAUCCCUCUGUUAUGCCUAAUGGCACGGAGGUCUUCAUGGUUGUCCAUGACAGGCACUUCCCCAGUCAACCCUGUUCAAGGCCUACAUGUGUUUUUCUUCACGUCAUUGGGACGAGAACUAAAUUCUACACCCAUCUAGUUUUAUUUCAGACCGGGUUGAUGACUUCAAGCAUCUAAAUCUCUGUUCAUCCCACUGUGUAAUAAUCUGAACAGGACUUUUGAUAACGGUACGAAUGCAUUUUGUUGCGGUUGUAUGGGAGCCUUGCGACUGGCCCUGUGUUAUAUCACUGGCAAAACUGUGGACUCUGCCAGGAUGGUAUGGGUUAGUCUUCCAAUUUCUCAGGGAUGGGAAAGGUGUGGGAUUUUUAUUGCCAAUCAUGGAGGUGGGGAUACACGUUACCUGCUCCGGCUUUUCCAUAAUCUAGCAUUGAGCGGCCGGCUCAGGUCAGAGGAUGGUUCCCUCUCCUAAGGUGCCAAUCUAGUUACAUCUGCCUGCAUUACUGAUAAAUGUGUAUAUAUACAUGUUUUUUAAUGGUUAUAUACCACUCGAGUGCAAGGGGAGCGUUGUGAAUACUAUCCCGGAUACACUGUAUGUAGACUUGUGUUACAGAUCUGUACGUAGUACUGGAGCGAUCUUCCUUUUUUUUUUUUUGUGUCAUUUGAUAAUAUGGAGCAGGGACGGGUUAAUCUAUAUGGGGACCAGGCUUUCCCUUUCAUUCAGAGCAUGGUUACACCUAGUUAAAGGAGGCCACGGGAUCACUCUAAUUGCUAUCCUUUAAAGGGGACGUCCGCCGGGAGCUUUCGCACAUGCUGCAGCUGUACCGGACAGGCAUGGCUUUGGCGGGGACAGACACCGGGUCAGUUUACGUUAUUAACACUUUAAACACUGGCACUACUGCUUUUAUGUCCAUAGCAAUAAUCGUAAAGAAUGGUGUGGUCAAUAAAGAUGAAAGGCGGA